GCUGACGCGAGCGGCGAGCGGGGCGGGCCGGCCUCGGCUCCUCCCGCCGCGGGCCCACUGGCCGCCCGCCUCCCCCACCCUCGGCCGGUCAGCGUCCCAGACUGCGUCGCGCAGCAUCGCGUCGGCCCGGCCCGGCCCGGCCCCCGGGCAGAUGCCCCGAGUUGCCGCUGUCGCCGCCGCCGACUCGGCCGGUGGCGGUGUGGGAGGUGGGCGCCUGGCCCGGGGCCGCCGAGCGUGACAGACACGGCCGGGGCCGCCGGGGGGCUGUCGGGGCCGCGCGCGGACCAUGUAUUUCCUGAGCGGCUGGCCCAAGAGGCUGCUCUGCGCGCCGCGGAGCCCGGCCGAGGCGCCGCUCCACGUCCAGUCUGACCCUCGGAGAGCGUUCUUCGCCGUGCUGGCCCCGGCCCGCCUCAGCAUCUGGUACAGCCGACCUAGUGUGUUAAUUGUAACAUACAAGGAACCAGCUAAAUCAUCUACUCAGUUUGGAUCUUACAAACAAGCUGAAUGGAGACCGGAUAGUACCAUGAUAGCAGUGUCAGAAAAAUUGCCUUUAACUCUGUUUAUCUGAGAGCCAAGUACCAGAGUCCAGUGAUAUUAUUCAAGACAGCAAAUGGCUACAUCUUGUUUUUUCAUAUUACAUCUUCAAGAGGGGAUAAAUACCUUUAUGAACCAGUGUAUCCCAAGAAGUCCACAAAUGAAGGGGAUACCUCAUUUUAAGGAAGAACAUUGUGCCCCAGCAUUGAAUUUAGAAAUGAAGAAAAUACUGGAUUUGCAAGCACCCAUUAUGAGUUUGCAGUCUGUGCUGGAAGAUCUCCUUGUUGCAACUUCUGAUGGACUUCUUCAUCUUAUUCAUUGGGAAGGAAUGACAAAUGGAAGAAAAGCCAUCAAUCUGUCUACAGUACCAUUUUCAGUAGACCUCCAGUCAUCCAGAGUUGGUUCAUUCCUCGGCUUUGCAGAUGUGCACAUUAAAGAUAUGGAAUACUGUGCCACACUUGAUGGAUUUGCUGUUGUGUUUAAUGAUGGUAAAGUUGGAUUUAUUACACCAGUAUCCAGUAGAUUUACGGCAGAGCAACUUCAUGGAGUUUGGCCACAAGAUGUUAUUGAUGGGACUUGUGUUGCAGUAAACAACAAAUACCGACUGAUGGCCUUUGGCUGUGCAAGUGGCUGUGUGCAGGUUUAUACAAUCGACAACACUACAGGAGCCAUGCUGCUGUCCCAUAAACUAGAGCUCACAGCAAAGCAGUAUCCUGACAUCUGGAACAAAACAGGAGCUGUUAAAUUGAUUAGAUGGUCUCCUGACAACAGCGCUGUAAUAGUAACCUGGGAAUAUGGAGGUCUUUCUCUGUGGAGUGUGUUUGGAGCCCAGCUGAUAUGUACACUUGGAGGAGACUUCGCUUACAGGUCAGAUGGUACCAAAAAAGAUCCCCUUAAGAUCAACUCCAUGAGCUGGGGUGCAGAAGGCUAUCACUUAUGGGUAAUCAGUGGGCUGGGCUCUCAGCACACUCAGAUUGAGACCGACCUCAGGAGCACAGUUAAAGAGCCCAGCAUUCUGCUGUUUCAGUUUAUCAAGAGUGUACUCACUGUGAACCCUUGUAUGAGUAACCAAGAGCAGGUGUUGCUUCAGGGAGAAGAUCGCUUGUACUUGAACUGUGGAGAAGCCUCACAGGCCCAGAAUCCGAAGUACUCUUCAGCACGUGCUGAGCGUAUGCCCAGGCAUGAGAAGAGCCCAUUUGCAGAUGGAGGUCUGGAGGCUCCGGGAUUAAGCACUUUACUUGGUCAUCGGCAUUGGCAUGUUGUGCAGAUUUCCAGCACCUAUCUAGAAAGCAAUUGGCCUAUACGGUUUUCAGCUAUUGAUAAACUUGGACAAAAUAUUGCUGUGGCUGGCAAGUUUGGAUUUGCUCAUUAUUCUCUACUCACCAAAAAAUGGAAACUUUUUGGAAACAUUACUCAGGAGCAAAAUAUGAUUGUGACUGGUGGCUUAGCCUGGUGGGAUGACUUUAUGGUCCUUGCGUGUUACAACUUAAGUGACCGUCAAGAAGAGCUCAGAAUCUACCUACGAACAUCCAACCUGGACAAUGCCUUUGCUCAUGUCACCAAAGCACCAAUGGAAACAUUACUGCUUAGUGUCUUCCGCGACAUGGUGGUAGUGUUUCGAGCAGACUGUUCAAUAUGCCUUUACAGUAUUGAAAGAAAAUCCGAUGGUUCCAAUACUACAGCUAGUGUCCAGGUUCUUCAGGAGGUCUCCAUGUCACGGUACAUUCCUCACCCCUUCCUGGUAGUGUCUGUCACGCUGACGUCAGUGAGUACAGAGAAUGGCAUCAGCUUGAAAAUGCCGCAGCAGGCUCGUGAUGCAGAGAGCAUAAUGCUGAACCUUGCGGGACAGCUCAUCAUGAUGCAGAGGGACAGGUCAGGCCCGCAGAUCCGGGAGAAGGACAGCCACCCUAACCAAAGGAAGCUUCUGCCGUUCUGUCCUCCUGUUGUACUAGCCCAGUCGGUGGAAAAUGUCUGGACUACCUGUCGAGCAAACAAACAAAAGCGUCACCUUCUGGAGGCCCUCUGGCUGAGCUGUGGUGGUGCGGGGAUGAAGGUUUGGCUCCCUCUCUUCCCCAGGGAUCAUCGCAAGCCCCACUCCUUCCUGUCCCAGCGGAUCAUGCUGCCGUUUCAUAUCAACAUUUACCCCCUGGCCGUUCUGUUUGAAGACGCGUUGGUCCUUGGUGCUGUCAACGACACUCUCCUCUAUGAUUCUCUGUAUACCCGGAGCAGUGCCAGGGAGCAGCUGGAGGUGCUCUUUCCCUUCUGUGUUGUGGAGAGGACCUCUCAGAUCUACCUCCACCAUAUCCUCCGCCAGCUCCUGGUCAGGAACCUGGGCGAGCAGGCGCUCCUCCUGGCUCAGUCCUGCGCUGCGUUACCUUACUUCCCUCACGUGUUGGAGCUGAUGCUCCACGAGGUGCUGGAGGAAGAAGCUACCUCCCGGGAGCCCAUUCCCGACCCGCUGCUGCCCACCGUGGCCAAGUUCAUCACCGAGUUCCCCCUCUUCCUUCAGACAGUCGUGCACUGUGCCAGGAAGACUGAGUAUGCUCUGUGGAAUUACCUUUUUGCAGCUGUCGGAAACCCCAAGGAUUUAUUUGAGGAAUGUUUGAUGGCUCAGGAUUUGGACACAGCUGCCUCUUACCUUAUUAUCUUACAGAAUAUGGAAGUCCCAGCAGUAAGUAGGCAGCAUGCUACCCUGCUGUUCAACACAGCACUGGAACAGGGCAAAUGGGACCUGUGCCGACACAUGAUUCGAUUUCUUAAAGCCAUUGGUUCUGGAGAAUCUGAGACCCCUCCAUCCACACCUACAUCUCAGGAGCCCAGUUCAAGUGGUGGGUUUGAGUUCUUCAGGAAUCGGAGCAUCAGUUUAUCCCAGUCAGCUGAGAAUGUUCCUCCUGGUAAAUUCGGCUUACAGAAAACACUAAGUAUGCCAACUGGUCCUUCUGGGAAAAGAUGGAGCAAAGACAGUGAAUGUGCUGAGAACAUGUAUAUUGACAUGAUGCUGUGGAGACAUGCGCGGCGCCUCCUAGAAGAGGUGCGCUUAAAGGACCUUGGCUGCUUUGCAGCCCAGCUAGGCUUUGAACUGAUCAGUUGGCUUUGCAAAGAACGUACCCGAGCUGCCCGUGUAGACAACUUUGUAGUAGCCCUGAAGAGACUUCACAAGGAUUUCCUGUGGCCACUUCCCAUUAUCCCAGCCUCUUCCAUAAGUUCCCCUUUCAAAAAUGGGAAAUGCCGAGCAGUGGGAGAGCAGAUGUUAAAGUCUCAGUCAGCUGACCCUUUUAUUACCCCUGAGAUGGACGCUGGCAUCUCUAACAUCCAACGAAGUCAGAGCUGGCUCAGCAACAUUGGUCCCACCCAUCGUGACACAGACAGAGCCUCAUCUCCUGGACCACAAAUGCAAGAUGCUUUCUUGUCUCCAUUAUCUAAUAAAGGGGAUGAGUGCAGCAUUGGCUCAGCUACAGACCUGACUGAAAGCAGCUCCGUGGUGGAUGGAGACUGGACAAUGGUGGAUGAAAACUUCUCCACCCUCAGCUUGACCCAGUCUGAGCUAGAGCACAUCUCCAUGGAGUUGGCGAGUAAAGGACCCCAUAAAUCUCAGGUCCAGCUUCGCUAUUUGCUGCACAUUUUCAUGGAGGCGGGAUGUCUGGACUGGUGUGUUGUCAUCGGCCUGAUUCUCAGAGAAUCCUCAGUGGUCAGUCAGCUUCUUGGGAUUGCUCAGUCUUCCGAGAUGGAUGGAGAGAUGUUACAGAACAUAAAAUCAGGGCUGCAAGCAGUGGACCGCUGGGCCUCUACAGACUGCCCUGGAUAUAAGCCAUUUUUAAACAUCAUUAAGCCACAACUGCAGAAGCUCAGUGAGAUAACAGAAGAACUGGUCCAGCCUGACACCUUCCAGCCAGUAACAGUGGGUAAGACUCCUGAACAGACCAGUCCCCGGGCAGAGGAGAACAGAGGCUCUUGCAGCCAUGGGAGCAUCUCUCAGAGUGAGCCUGGGAGUAACAACGUGGUCAGCCGGAAAGAAGAGGACACAACACAGGCGGAUGAGGAGGAGCCACUUCAGGAUGGGGCUUAUGACUGUUCUGUGUCCUGACAGCAGUGAGCACGGCACAGCGGGCAGUAUUAGUCACAGCAGCUUGCAACUGAGUCAUUGUGGCCUGCCGAAUGACUUAACAGGUAAAAGAACUUGGGUCAGAACUCUUUCGUAAAGUAUUAUAAUUUAAUGAACUCUUCCUCUAAAUCUCUUUGACUCCUUAAAAAAAAGUGUGGUAUCAAAGCAUCUUUCAUAAGAAAAAUUUAAGCUGCAAUAGAAAGUAGUGAACAGUAUAUAGAUGCACACAUGGAAUAUUUUGAUUUUAUUUACAACAGAUUGGUAGUUGUAGGGAUUAUUCUUAACAGGAGGGAUUAUUUUGCCCCAAGCGAGCUUACUUUUUCACUACUUACAGCUUAUAUAUUUUCUGGUUUAGUGUGUGUCUAGACUGGUUUUGUUUUUGUGGGGUGGGUUGUUUGUUUUUAACUUUCUUUUAAAUAUGUGUUAAGGUGCUGUAGCUCAUCAGGUAACUGAGCUACUUGUUUGCUUCCUUGUAUAGAGUCAGCGGGACUCUGAUUGGUCCUUUGAAUCCUACUCUUGCACAGUGUGGGUCAGUGGACAGAGACCCUUUGGCUUUGGUACUCUGUUGACUAGCAGUCCUGAAUGACGGAAGCUAUUUACCUGUGAGUUAAUGUGCCUGUUUUAGCAAGCUUAAUUUCCUACUAGAUCAAUGUGGGCAGAGGGUGAGGGGGUUCUUAUCAAUUAUGCUGACACCACUAAAUUUUGUAUCAAAGAACUGUAUCUUUUUGUGAAUAUUCAUGUAAAUAUACUCAAAGGCACUGUCCAUAUUUUUAAUGCGUGUAUUAUAAUGUGUAAGGUUUUACGCUGGAUUCUGCAUGACUAUACUCACUCUUGGAAUAAAGACAAGACUUUUUCUUCUUUCCAAAAUGAGCAGUUGUCAUAGAGGAAGACAGGUUUGUUGGCCCAGCUGUAAAGUAGUGGUCAUCCCACUGAUCAUGAGGCGGAACAGGUUUUGUGCAAAUUAAUGUAGUUUCUUAUUUAUUGCUUUUGUAAAUUGAAUAAAAACGGGCUUUUAUGUAAAUAGACUGUGGGAUCCUGUAUUAUCAGCUACUAAAAAUUAGUUUGUAAAUUCUUUAUUAUAAAGUUUAAAAAUAUUUUAUGUAUUUCUAGAUGUGACUUAAAUUUUAGUUUUUCAUACAUUAUGAAAGCAGAACUACAUAUUCAGUUGCUUCAGACUAAACACAUACCUAUCACAUGUAAUUCUAAUUAUUAAUAACAGUAUUACUUUAGAUAGCUUAUUUGUACUGUGCAAUUUGAACAAGGAAUGCAAUGUUAUUUUUUAUAAAAUCUUGUUUAUUUUUAUAACAACAAUGUAUUUGAUGUGGACCAAAUUCGUACCACCAUGUAAAACAGCCUCUCUUCUAAUGCAGAUAUAGCUUAGAAGUGGAGUUCAGCCCUCUAUCCCUGCCUUUUAAACUAGAGAGAUAGACGAGGUCCUCUUAGGCAGUAUCUUUUAGAGGAAACCUCAGCAUUAUUUUGAAAUUAUUUCAAAUUUCACCAACUAGUUAAAAUUAUUGAAUUUAGUAAUUACUGUUAUUUACUUUCUACAUUAGAAGUGCAAUAAUUUUACAUAAUAAAAUUACUGGAUGGGUGAAAUAUGUUAUUGGUACCUGGUCCUUCUGGUGCUAUUUUUAUUUAAGUUGUAUCAAACCACCACCUUGUUCUGAAUUUUAAAAUAGAGAAUAAGGUUUCCUAUAUACGUAGAUGCAGUGUUGCAAAAUAAAUGAAUAAAUAAAUAAAGCAAGCUGAAAUUUCUUCUGUCCCAUUCCAUUAGGGAAAAAAAAGCCAGCAAUUCUUUUGUAUGUAGUCAGUUUCUAAUGUAAGUAUUUAGUUAUUAAAACAGUGUAGCAUAGUAAGCAGCAGUGGUCUUUCCGAUGUCUCACCUGAGUGCCACUGAGCUCAUCUGACUCUGUGGUAGGUGCAGUAUUAAGGAUGAGCAGGGGGCCGCUCAGCUAAGCAGGUGUCCCACGAGUAAGUUAGAGCCCACAACCCCCACCCCACCCCACCCCACCCCACCCCUGUCCUUUUUUUUUUUUUUUUUUUUUUUUUUUUUGAGGCAUAGCCUUGCCUAAGCUGAACAGCUAUUUGUAACCCUUCCUCAGCUGUCCCAGUAGGUGGAGUUUACAGCAUGUGCCAUGUGCGGCCAUACCCAGUCAUCUGACUACACCUCACAAUCUAAAGCCGGGUCUGAGGUAGCUGAUGUUACUCCUGUGGUUUGAGCUGGGAACGACUCACGGAUAAAAAUAUAUAGUGUGUAACUAGUAGAACUAGGAAACACCAAGGCAAGACAUUUGGCAAGUUUAAUAAAAACUAUUCUUUGGUUGUUGUAUAUUUUUUUAAAA